UGGACAGGGAGGCCUGGCGUGGGGGUAGUCCAUGGGGUCGCCAAGAGUCGGACACGACUGAGCGACGGAACUGAACUGAACUGAACCAAAAGUGCUUAGAGCAGCUGCGGGUUCCGAGUCCGCACACCGGGCAGGUGGUGUGGGCAGGGACAGUAAAUGCAUUCUGAAUUUAGUCAGGAUGAAACCCCUCUGUAAGUGGAGGAAGGUGUGCCUGCUGUGCGGCUAGCAUUUUGCUUUGCUGGCCCGCUCAGACAGGCGGGCCUUUGGCCGGCGAGGCCGUGCCCCUUCCGCCGAAAGCCACGCCUUCCAGGCGCAAAGCCUCCUGGGUUCCGGUGCACACACGUCUGAGCGCCCUGGUCGGGUGACGGAUCCAGGCAACGGGCUUGGCGGAGGCUUGUCCCGCUCCUCCUUAGCCCGUUCCCUGAGCCUGGGCCUUCGGGGCUCUCAGAGUGGCCUCCAGGGGCGUCCUCCCCGUCCUCGCCUCCUCCAGUCCCGGCGGGUCGCGCGGCCCGAGGCGAGGCCUGAGGCGGCUGAGGGAAGCGAAGCGGACAGAGUCACUGGCUACGCCAUCCUCCGGCGAGAGCCCUCCCUAACCACAGGACCGACGGGCUCACGGGCCCCCUCCCAGGCCAGACUCGCAGAGUCCAGAGUUGGCUGCCUUUGAGCUCCUGAGGCCGCAUGGUUUACCCCAGACUCCCGUCUCCACCGCCAGACUCGAGGGCUCCAGUUUGCUCUUGACAACCUCCAAUCCUACCCCAGCCGAGGCUUCACUGCAGUCCUGGCAGCUAGGAGUUUCCCUCUGAAGAGUCAUCACCCGGCCUGAGGAACCCCAGCCCCAUCAUGGACCCAGAGUGUGCCCGGCUCCUCCCGGCUCUCUGUGAUGUCCUGGCAGACCCCAGGCAGCCGGUGGCAGAUGACACUUGUUUGGAGAAGCUGCUGGACUGGUUUAAAGCAGUCACUGAAGCAGGCUCCAGUCUCCUGUUACUGCAGGAUCACCCCUGCCUGGUAGAGCUGCUGUUCCAUGUGCUGAAACCCCAGGACCUGAGUUCCAGAAUCCUGUCCUUUGCGCUCCGCCUCGCAGGGAUAUUUGCAGCCCAGGAGAACUGCUUCCAGUACCUCCAGCAGGGGGAGCUGCUGCCUGGGCUCUUCGGGGAGCCGGGCCCCCUCGGGGCAGCGGCCUGGGCGGCCCCCUCCGUGCGCAGCGGCUGGAUCCAGGGCCUGCACUCCCUGGCGCAGCACCCCAGUGCCUUGCGCUUCCUUGCCGACUCGGGUGCUGUUGACACCAUCUUCUCCCUGCAGGGAGAUCCCAGCCUGUUUGUGGCCUCUGCCGCCGGGCAGCUCCUGGUGCGUGUCCUGGACUUGGCCCUGUGCGGACCUGCUGAGGGGCGCGUCUCUCUGCAGGCCUGGGACUGGCCGGCCUGUGCCCGGAAGAUCGUGUGUCACCUCGAAGACUGCCUGCGCUCCGAGGCCACCCCGCGGGUCACGCAGGCCCUGCAUGUCCUGACCACUGCGUUCGGGCACUGCCAUGGCCUCUGGACGCAGGGCCUUUGGGUGCAGCUGAGCCCCCUCGUGGCCCGCCUGCUCGAGAAGGACCCCGUGCCGGCCCCGCACGCGCUUGUGGAUCUCCUCCUCAGCGUGGCCCGCUCUUCCAUGCUGAACUCUGACCCUGGCCUGUGGGAGACGGCAGCACAGACCCUCAGCCACCUGAGCCCCACGCAGGCAGGCCCUCUGGCUGCGGGGAUCCUGAAACUGCACGACUGUCCCCAGGUGCUGAGGAUCCAGGCCUUCGGCGUCCUCCUCCAGCCCCUGGCCUUUGUCCUGGAAGCCACUGCUCAGGCCCCCGGAACGCCAGGCUUGCUGGAGGGGGCCACAGGCGACCUGAUGGCCGUGGACACGCUCCCGCCCUCCAAGUCGGCGUGCGUGGGUCUCCUGUGCAGCACCCUGGCCCACCUGGAGCUGCUGCAGCCCCUGCCCCAGCGCCCCUCGCCCUGGCCCCAGGCGCCCCUGCUCGCAGCUGCGGUGGCGAUACUGCGAUUCUGCAAUGGCUCAGCAGCCCCCAGCUCCGAGGCAGGCGGCCGCCUGUGCGCGAUGCUGGUGGGCUGUGUCCGCGUCCAGCGAGCUGCCCUGGAUUUCCUGGGGGUCCUGUCUCAGGGAUUGGGCCCCCAGGAGUUGGUGACACAGGUGUUUGCCAUCCUGCUGGAGUACCUCAUGAGCCCCGACUCCAGUCCCACGGUUCUGAAAAAGGCCUUCCAGGCCACACUCUGCUGGCUCCUGAGCUCAGCCGCACCUCCCGGCUGCUGUGACCUGGAGCCCUACGCCCAGCUGGUCCUCGGAGAGCUGCUCGCCGUGCUGCAGAAGCGCCUGUGCAGCCCCUGCUGGGAGGUGAGGGACUCGGGCCUCGAGUUCCUGACCCAGAUGACCAGACGCUGGGGAGGGCAGGCCGGCUUCAGACAGGCGCUGCUGGCCUCGGAGGUGCCCGAGCUCACCAGGCAGCUCCUGCAAGACCCCGAGAGCUACGUCCGUGCAAGCGCAGUGGCCGCCGUGGGGCAGCUGUCCAGCUGGGGGCUGCUCGCCGCCCCCUCCAGCCCUGAGCACCCAGCCACCCCGCAGAAGACCCCACUCGAGGAGCUUCUGCUCGUCCUGACCACGGACUCGGAGGGGUUCCCCCGGCGGGCCGUCAUGCGGGUCUUCACAGAGUGGCUGCGGGACGGCUACGCGGACGUGGCCGAGGACCCGGAGCGGUUUGUGGCCCGAGUGCUGCAGGCGGCGAGCGGGGACCUGGACUGGGAGGUGCGCGUCCAGGGCCUGGAGCUGGCGCUGGUGUUCCUGGAGCAGCUGCUGGGCCCCGGCGGCCCCUCCGCGGCAGCUCCGCCCGGCGCCCUGGCCCAGGCCCUGCAGGCGCUCUGCCGGGUCCAGCUCUUCGAGUUCGCCUUCCGGUCCUUGUUUGACUGUGACCGCCCCGUGGCCCAGAAGUCCUGUGACCUCCUCCUCUUCCUGAGGGCCAAGGCCACUCCCUCCAGCAACCCGCAGGAGGCGGGGGACGGUCCUGACGUGACGUCCGUGGAGGCCGCCCUACGGAGGUGGCAGGCCGGUGAACAGGGUCAGCUCCUGGGGGAGCUGGCACCCGAGGCCGUCCUGGCCGUGCUGAGGUCCAUGGACCUGGAGGCCCUACAGGAUACCCUGGCCGAGAGCAGUGACCACGUGGAGAGGAGCCCCCAGUCCCUCCUGCAGGACAUGCUGGCCACCGUGGGCAUCCUGGGAGAUAAUGAGGCCGACUGCUACUGACCAGCCGAGCAGCGCCUCCCCAGGACCCUCCCCACGGCCCUCCCUCGGGCCCUGCCCUCCCCAGGACCCUGCUGCGGCCCCAUGGACCUCCCUCGGGCCCUGCCCUCCCCGGGACCCUGCUGUGGCCCCACAGCCCUCCCUCAGGCCCUGCCCGCCCCGGGACCUUGCUGCGGCCCCACAGCCCUCCCCGGGACCCUGCUGUGGCCCCACGGCCCUCCCUCGGGCCCUGCCCGCUCUGGGACCCUGCUGCGGCCCCACAGCCCUUCCUUGGGCCCUGCCCUCCCAGCGGCUCUGGUCUGGAUGGGUGCCCAGGGGACCCUCCAGGGGAUCCAGGACCAGGCGAGCCCAGCAAGGUCAGGAGUCCCCAUUUUGAUGUAUUGUUGAAGAAAUGGCUCAUUUUCUACUCAGAAUAAAUGUCUUGUGACCGUG